AUGAAGCGGUUCAUGGCCAUGCUGCACAGGCACAAAGCCAAGGAGGCGCCGCCAGGCCAGGCGCUGGAGCUGGCGGGGCAGCUCUGCCGGCGCUUCCAGAGCCCCUCUCCUGCCCUGGAGCAGCUGGUCGGGGCCAUCAUGGCCUGCAAGCAUGCGGCGCAUUUUCUCAGCAACGUGCACGUGGUCCGAGCGUGCGUGUGGGCUCACGUCCGCAGAGGAGAGCACACGGCGGCCCGCCGGCUGCUCGAGUGUUGCCAGGCAGAAGAAAAGGAGGAGCUGCUGCAGCUCUGGUAUGAGAUUCACUACCAGCAGGUUAUGGAGAAGCAGCACACGGCCUUUCUGACCCCUCUGCAGAGGUUCCGCUGCAGGAAGAGGAAUCCUCCGCCUGUUUCCCUUUGUCCUGAGGGUUUGAAGAACCGAAACUACCCAGACAAAGUGCGCCAGCAACUGCACAGGUUUGCAGCGGAGGUGACGCCAAACCCGAACAAGGAGCAGCGGGAGGAACUGGCUCAGGUCAUGAAUCUGCAGCCAACUCAGGUCUAUAACUGGUUUGCAAAUUAUCGACGUCGUCAAAAAUCCCGGCUUGCCUGCGUGGGAAAGCUGUCCAGCUCACGCCCCAAGGAGGCUCUGACUCACCCUGGUGCAAAGGAGCAGCAGAGCAGAUGGCCCUGCACUCCACAAACAGCAGAUGGAUCUUACGUGGGCCUCCGAUCCGAGCAGAUGGGGAUGACCCUUCUGCCCAGCGAGCCGGGGUGGGAGCACUCGGCGGCAGACCUGGAUAAGUCCCACGAAGGAGCAUAUUUAAAGAUGCUGCAGUCCAGCUUCACGCAGACGGGCGCGCUGUGCGAAGCGAGGACCAGCGAGGCUCUGCCGACCGCUCGCUGCACUGAACCACCUGGAACAUUUUGCUCCGAGGCUGUGCUGGAACCAGGAACCUGCUUCGGCCCAGCUGCCCUGCAGAGCAGGGGGCCACCAAGCAGGGGCGAUGCCAGCUCCAGGCCCCACAGCUUUGUCCUGUGCUCGUACGGAUCUCCCGCCUUCCCAGGGGAAGAGCUGGCCGCGUGGUCGGUGCCUCCCAGGGCCAGAGGAGCCUCUGGCUCCAUGUGGACCCCGAGCACAGAAGCAGGUUUCAGAGCUGCCUUGAGCAGGGUCCCUCAAGGUGGCUCAAUUGAGGCCAGUUCAGGAAGCAUCAUUGCGCAGUCAGACUUAGAGGAUGAAAGCUUCAUCCUUAGAGAAGAACAGCUAGGGACUCUGGAGGCUCUCCUUCCCCACAGUUCCAGUCAGGCUGUGUUCAGCAAACCUCAGUGCCCCCUUGUUUCUGCACCGUACGUGGAAGAAAGCCAAGCCCUGGGACACAGCCAGGUGCCUGAGGAUCCAGCUGGUGACCCAUCGGCCAGCGACACGUACCAGGCGGCCUGGCUGCUCUUCGAGUUCUCCUCUGGGGGACGAAUGUGA